GAAAGUGACAUCGCCAGAAAUUUUCACCUGAAAUCAAUUUGUUUCCUCCAAAAUGUGUUAAAUUUAGUGGAAUUUCGCUAAAAUACUACUACUUUACGCGUUAGUUGUAAGUCUAAACCGUUCCUGGCGUCACUGGUGGCAAUUUACAGUGCAAAACGGUACACCAUCUCGAAGCCCGUAUUCAGUUUACCACCCUGAAGGAGCAGAACAGCCCGGUUUUCGAGUAACCAACGAACCAACCCGGCUGCCACGAUGAGCGAACGGCUGCUCAAGAUUGGCCAGCGGAUCGAGGUGUCCGGCAAGGACGUGCGUGGCGUGAUCGCGUACGUCGGCAUGACCUCGUUCGCGGUGGGCAAGUGGGUCGGCGUCAUUCUGGACGAGCCCAAGGGCAAGAACAACGGCUCCAUCAAGGGACAGACGUACUUUUCGUGCGAUGAAAACUACGGCAUGUUCGUGCGGCCAACGCAGCUGGUGUUCCUGGAUGAGGGCGGCAACCAGAUUGAUGUGGGGGAGGUGCAGACUCCGGAGGAGAAGCCACGUUCGCGGUUGAGCAGUGCCAAACGUGCGCCCUUGAAGUCAAAUGCUGGAUCGGUCCGUUCGCUGGCAUCGCUCCCGGGCACGGGAAUGGUUGCCGCGAAACCAACGGCUGUGCGUCGUAAGUCACCCGUCAAACAGCCCCAGUCGAAGCGAGCCUCCAUGACCAUGACACUCUCAUCAUCCAGCUCGCGCCUCUCGCUGAACCGCAGCACCAGCUCGCUCGGGUCGAAAACGCAGCUGACCUCGCCCGGCGGCGGCGGCGCCUCGUCCGGCCAGUCCUCGAUCCCGACGCCCGUCUCCUCCAUCCCGACCAUGGUGAAGGCCGGCGAUCGGUACGAAACGUUGCACAAGUCGCACAUCAGCCCGCCCGAGUCGCUGCAGACGUCGAAGCGGGCCUCCUUCGUGGAGACCGGCUUCGUCGAGACGUUAAAGCCCCAGUUCACGCCGGGACAAUCGCUGACGUCGCCCUCGCCGGCGCCGUCCGGCACCGAGGAGCGCAUCCAUCUGCUGCAGCUGCAGCAAGAGAUCGAGGAUCUGAAGACGCAGAACAAGGAUCUGGUCGAGAAGCUGGAAACGCUGAAGGUGCGACGGGCCGAGGAUCGCGAGCGGCUGCGCGAGUUUGACAAGCUGAAAACGCAGUACGAUCAGCUGGUGGAGUUCAAGAGCAAGAUUAUGGACGCGCACUCGCAGCUGCAGCGCGAUCUGCAGCGGGCCAAGCAGGAGGCCAAGGAUGCGAUCGAGGCGCGCGAUCAGCACAGCGAGGAAAUGGCUGAACUGUCGGAGAACGUGGAAAUGAUCACGCUGGACAAGGAGAUGGCCGAGGAGAAGGCGGACACGCUUGCGCUGGAGCUGGAGACGGCCAAGGAACGCAUCGAGGAGCUGACGCUGGACUUGGAGAUCUUGAAGACGGAGAUGCAGGAGAAGGGCACGGUUAUUGGCGAUGGUACCGGUGGGACCGGGGCUUCGACGUACGAGUUCAAGCAGCUGGAGCAGCAGAACGUUCGGCUCCGGGAGACGUUGGUCCGUCUGCGUGAUCUGUCGGCCCAUGAGAAGCAUGAGAUUCAAAAGCUGGAGAAGGAGCUGGAAACUAAAAAGUCGGAAGUUGCUGAACUGCAGCGUACCAAAGAGAAACUUUCCAGCAAGAUCGACGACCUUGAAGGUACGCUUGGUGAUCUGCAGGAGCAGGUGGACGCCGCGCUAGGUGCUGAGGAAAUGGUCGAACAACUGGCCGACAAGAAGAUGGAACUGGAAGACAAGGUCAAGGCUCUGGAGGAAGAAGUGGCCGAGCUGGAGGCGCUGGAGGAGGUUCACGAGCAGCUGGUCGAGAGCAACCACGAGCUGGAGAUGGACAUGCGCGAAGAGCUGGACAUGGCGCACGCAGCCAAGCGCGAAGCAGUGCGCGAAAAAGAAGCUGCCUUCGAGACGAUCGUCGAUCGCGACCAAACAAUCCUCAAGUUCCGCGAGCUGGUUCAGCGGUUGAACGAUCAGUGCCAGGAGCUGCGCGAAAAGCUCAACCAAGAGUCGAGCAAACUGGUCAAGGACACCAUCUCCGAGACGAUCGACUUCAAGCAGAUGUUUGCCGAGUCGAAGGCGUUCACGCGCGCCAUCGAUCUUCAGCUGCGCCAGAUCGAGCUGACCCAGGCCAACGAACACGUCAAAUAUCUGACCGCGUUUAUGCCGGAAAUCUUCAUGGCUCGUGGUGGGGAUCACGACGCCGUUCUGGUUAUUCUGCUCGUGUCCCGCAUCGUCUUCAAAGCCGGCAUCAUCGUCAGCCAAGCCCGGGAACGCUUCUCGGUCGUCCCGACGAUCGAUCGCAGCGCCAUCGUCGGCGGCCACGAAGUGUACCAGUUCCGAUUCCGCUCGCGCCUGCUUCACCACGUGCACAACCUGCAGAGCAUCAUGCACCAGUUCCUGUACGGACUGACCGCAUGCACCGCGGACACCCUGCUGAAGAUCGGCGCCUCCCUGCCGGAGAUGCAAGCCCAGGAGAAGAUGGUCGACGAGAUCGUUGAUCUGCUGAAGGCGAACCAGCUGGACGAGAACUCGUCAACCGACAAUCUCGAAAAGUGCGUCACCUUCUUCAACGCAAUGUACCUGGUACUGUUAGCCGGGGAAGACCUACUCAACGAGACGCAGAUCGUGCGCGACUGCACGGCCUCGAUCUCGGCGGCCUGCGACUCGAUCACCACCGAUGCCGCCGUCAUCCGGACGAUGAUCAAGGGCGGCGACGAAACGAGCGACUCCGGCCUGCUGCUGCAGUACAUCGUCCAGAACGUGGAGGCCGUCAAGCAGCAGCUCAAGCUGAUCAAGCGUCGCCUGCCGCAGGACGCUUCCAUCACCAAGUGCAACCUGUCGCCAAACACUCUACAGAACUUAAAGAAAACCGCCGAGUCGCUCAACAAGUUGAUGAGCGUGCUGUUCUACGGCGCCAAGCAGGUCGUCCAGAUGGUGACGGCCGACCCGGAAACCGAGGUGUCCGUCUCGCACGAGCAACUCUGGGACAUCCUAUCCAACGCCUGCGAGAAGGUCUACGAACAGGACGACCUCGGCCCGGCGCAAAACAUCCGAUCGGUCCUCAGCAAAACAAGCACCGACAUGAGCCAACUCGCCCAAUAUCUCCUCGACCACGAGUACGAAAUCAUGUCCAACCCCAAGACCGAGGAGAAACCGGUCGCACCGAUCAUCCUGCGCGCCCAAGCCGUCAAGAAGCAGCUCGAGGAAACAAAGACACUCACCGCGACGCUCGAGAACCGCGAGGCGGAAAUCCGCCAGCUCAAGCUGGCCGCCAAGCUGAAGCUGAACGAACUGUCCGAGAUGCAGAUCCGCAAGGAUCUCGCCGAGAAGAAGCUAUCGGUGCUGCAGCAGGACCACGAAACCAACACGGCCCGCCUGCAGAAGAUGUACGACGAAGUGUGCGCCAAGCUCAAACAAAAAGAAAAGGACUUCGAGGAAACGAUGGAUCACCUGCAGAGCGACAUCGAUUCGCUGGAGAGUGAAAAGAGCAGCUUGCGCGACAAGCUCAAAUCCUACAGCUCCAAGAAGGGAGACCUCAAAACAACCACCGCACUCGACAUCUCCGCCAGCUCGCCCUACAUCGCCCAGGAGCUGUCCCUGCUCAAGCGGGCCUUCAAGGACGAGCGCGCCGAACGGCUCAAGGUGCAGGCCAGCGAAUACAAGAAAAUCCUCGCCAACCUCGAACCCCUCUACGUUCCCCAGCCCAAGGACGAACGCAUCGAGCAGCUCGACAAGGAGGUCACCAAGGUGCGCCACGAGUGGAUAAUGUCCCUGGUGCGGGGCGCCGAAAUGCCCACCACCAAGACCGCCCACGGCAACGUCUCCAAGUCGAUCGUGGACCACGAAAAUCAGCACAAACGCGCCCAGUCGCAGCUCAAAACGCGGGCUGAACAGCUGGCGUGCGAAAUCAUGAACGAGUAUCUGGCCCGCAAGCCGCACCGUGCAGCCCGCGGGGACUUUGCAAUGUUUCCCUCGACCGAGCUGGCGACGGCGCUGAAGGUCAACAUUGCCGCGUCGUCGUAAGGUGUCGUGGGUAAGUUAGUAAGUUACGUUCUGUCUGGGUAUGAAAGAAGGUUUGAUAGAGUAGCUGUCCCUGAAAGUGGCAUGCGUUUUUUUGGUGAGAUUCUCUGUUCUGUUUUUUUUCUCUUUCGUUGAAAUUCUAUCAUGCGAAAAUGUGUUUUAUUCCAUUUUAGUACCUAUUAUGUUCCAGAACAUUUAAGUUUACUUAAUCACUUUUUAAGUUCAUCCAGUUAUUUAUUAAUCAAAGCUUAAGCGGCUUAUAAUCACAUAAAAAGUAUAAUAAUCAAAUAAAACAAGUUAAUAAGCAUA